AUGAGAGAGGUCAAGGCGAAAGGCAAGUCACCAAAAGCCGAUCCAACCAGCGAGGAGCUUAAGAACCUUGUCUCUCUGGUUCUCCGCGCGCUCAAUCGUUUACCCGCCCCCUCGAACGUCUCAAUGCUCACCGAGUGUUUGCUGACCUCGCUGAGCUCAGACACGCUAGCCUGGGAGGCCGUUCGCCCCAAUGAUCCCAAUCCGACCGUCGGGCGCUACGACCACGCAAGCUACUAUGACACCGCUUUGCAGGAGCUUGUCGUCUUGUUGGGCGCGGGCGUGGACCAGGCACUGGCCGAUCUGCGCUACUACGACCGCUGUAAGUCGUUGGACGAGCCCUGGCCUCUUGCACGCAUCCGUCCACGUGUUCUCAAGAGCCCUUUCUUUCCCGUCCUCACGUUACUGGGUGACCUCUGCGAAGCCAAGCGGACCUGGACUUUGCUCAAAGCCACGGGCACAAGCCCAUCCCCUCGUACCUGCCACAGCUGGGCCGAAGAUGACGCCAACCUGUAUGUGUUUUGUGGUGGCGAGAGUGGCACCACGCCUUGUGCCGAUCAGAAACUGUACCGAUUCAGCAAAGCUGAUCGCAUAUGGUCACUGUGCACCAGCGAGCACAGUCCCGCGGCUCGCCAAGCACAUGCCAUGGCCUUGUCGCAAGACGUCAUCUAUGUUCAUGGGGGCAUGAUGGGCCAGGAGUGGCUGGACGACUUUUGGUGCUAUCGGGACGGAGAUGGUCGCCUGGUGCUCUUUGGUGGGCUGGCCAUGACCGUGUCUGGGCCUGAGGCCCUGGAUGAUCUCUGGCUCUACGACCCCGCCACUAACAAAUGGCAGGAAGUUGAGUUUGAAAACGCUCCCGUAGCGGCUCGUUUUGACUUUGCCUCGCUGAUGGUCGAUCAUCGAUGCUGGUACCACCCUGGUGCAACGGACGCGCCGCAAAGCAACCCGACAGCGAGCCGUGAUACCCAGCCGGUGGGUCUGCAGGACGUGACGGAGCAGUUUGGCGCUGUUGUUGAGGGCGCAGCUACAACAGCGCCCCCUCAACCAGAAGAUUCCCAGCCUGACAAUUCGCCAGCCCCCAGCCCUUCCUCUCCUGAUACUCCUGCGGUGCCCCUCCCCUCCCACCAUGAUACGCUUGUGCUGUACGGCGGCAUGGACAUGCAAGGCAAUGUCCAUAGCGACUGCGUCGUUAUCCGCCUGGCCUGA